AUGUAUGGCCAAAAAAAAAGAACACACUUAUUCUUCUCCCCCUUACAGUUCCAAGCCCUUCUUCAAAGCUCAUGCCAAAGCGCUCGCAAUCUCCUACAAAUCCAAGCUCUUCUUAUCACCUCAAGCCUUUUCCGCAACCCCUUCUUGGCCCGCACCCUUUUGAGCCGCUCCUCUCAUUUAUGCCACCUCGCUUACACCCUUUUCAUCUUUCGUUACGUUAAUCCCUUGGAUACCUUUUGCGUUAACACCGUCAUCCAAGCUUAUUGUAACAGCCAUGUUCCCCACGAGGCACUUGUUUUCUACUUUCGCUCUUUGACGAAUCGUUUCUUUCCCAAUAGCUAUACUUUUGUGCCACUCAUUGGCUCUUGCUCCAAGAUGGGUUGUGUUGAUUCUGGGCGAAAAUGCCAUGCCCAGGCUCUUAAGAAUGGGGUUGACUCUGUGUUGCAGGUGCAAAACUCUUUGAUUCACAUGUAUGCUUGUUGUGGGGAUAUUCAGCUUGCUCGGGUGCUCUUUGACAAUAUGUUGAUUCGGGAUUUUGUUUCAUGGAAUUCAAUCAUUGAUGGGUAUGUGACGAUUGGUGACUUAAGGGAUGCACAUGCAUUGUUUGAUGAAAUGCCUGAUAGGAAUUUGGUUACUUGGAAUGUCAUGAUUAGUGGAUAUCUCAAGGCUAGGAACCCUGGUUAUGCGAUGAAAUUGUUCCGGGAGAUGGGCAAGAUAGGACUGAAAGGUAAUGCUAGGACUAUGGUAUCUGUGGUUACGGCUUGUGGUCGGUCAGCUAGACUAAAGGAAGGAAGAUCAGUUCAUGGGAGCAUCAUCAGGAUGUUCGUGGGGUCAAGUUUGAUUCUUGAUACUGCUUUGAUAGACAUGUACUGUAAAUGCCGGAGGGUGGAGGUAGCGAAUAGAGUGUUUGAGCGGAUGACAGACAGGAAUUUGGUUUCAUGGAAUGCAAUGAUCUUGGGGCACUGCAUUCGCGGGAGUCCUGAAGAUGGAUUAAGCCUGUUUGAUAUAAUGAUUGGGAUGGCAAAGAUGAAACAUGAAGUUGAGUCUGUCGAGAGUCCAAGUGCAGAUAGAGGUCUAGUUAGGUUACUUCCUGAUGAAAUAACCUUCAUUGGCAUCCUCUGUGCAUGUGCUAGGGCAGAGAUGUUGACUGAGGGCAGGUGCUACUUCAAACAAAUGACUGAUGUAUUUGAUGUGAAGCCCAAUUUUGCUCAUUUUUGGUGCAUGGCGAAUCUUCUUGCAAAUGUGGGGCUUGUUGAUGAGGCAGAAGAAUUCCUGCGGAGCAUGGCAAAAUUUGAUGGAGAUAUGUCACAUGAAUCAUUAUUAUGGGCAAGUUUGCUUGGUUUAUGUCGUUUCAAGAGAGAUGUCUACUUGGGGGAACGAAUUGCUAAACUUCUUGUUGACAUGGAUCCUAAGAACAUUGUCUGUUACCAGUUUCUACUGAACAUUUAUGCUGUGGCUGCUCAAUGGGAGAAUGUUUCUAGAGUGCAAAAACUGAUGAAGGAAAGAAGGUUAGGGAUAAUGCCUGGAAGCAGUCUUGCGGACUUGAAAUAUAUUGUUCACAAUUUCAAAGUGUCAAACAAACGGCAAGAAGGAAUUGAAGCAGUAAACAUGAUGAUGGAUGAACUAGCUCAUAGAUUCAGGUUGCCAAGUUCUCACUCGGGUCAGGAAGAAAACACUAGCUAGAAUAAUAGCGAAGAUGAAGAUGACAGAUUAAGCAAAACCUUGAACAAGUAGCCUAAAAAUUUUAUUCAGAUUUUUUUAAUAAUCUGUCUUGAUUUUUUGUUGGUCAAACAACCACUAAAAACCAUGGAGGAUCUCAGUUUUAUAUAGGUGCAAGUUUCUCUUGAGGGGAUGCAUCCGGGUGCUUACAGAA